UGUUAAUUUUGAGGAUUAUGGCUCACAGUGAAUAAAAAAACAAAAUUAAAUUUUAAUGAAAAUUAGAAUAUUACAUAAGACCAUAAAAAAAAGGUUUUUGUAAUACAGUAAAGUUCGCCCACUAUGUCCAUGUACUCUAUAGUAUAUGCACUAGAUAUUGACUACUUAGGCCUCUUUUUGCAUUAAUUACUGCAUCAAUGCGGCGUGACAUGGAGGUGAUCACCCUGUGGUUUUGCUAAGUUGUAAUGGAAGCCCAGAUUGCUUUGAUAAUGACCUUAAGGUCAACUGCAUUGUUGGGUCUGGUGUUUCUCAUCUUCCUCUUGACAAUCCUCCAUAAAUUAUCUGUGGGGUUCCGGUCAGGCCAGAUGGUUACUGAACCAGCUUUUGGUUCCUUUGGCUUGCAGUAUGGGCAGGUACUGCAAGUCCUGCUGGAAAAUUAAAUCAGCAUCUCCAUAAGCUUCUCGCAGACUGAGACAUGAGAAAACCCAGUUGACCAACACCAGCUGACGCCAUGGCACACAAAUCAUCAUUUACUGUGGAAACUUCACACCAGGCCUCAAGGAGCUCUGUUUCUCUGCUCUCCCUCCAGAUUCUUAGACAUGGAUUUCCAAAUAAGAUGAGAAAUUUACCUUCAUUUAAACAGAUGACUUUGGACCACUGAGCAACAGUUCAGUCCCUUUUCAGUUUAGUUCAGGUAAGAUGCCUUACGACAUUUGUCUCUGGUUCAGGAGUCCAAAAAUACAGUGGUCAUUGCCCAUGUCCUGAAUACGUCUGAGGAUGGUGGCUCUUGAAUCACUAAUACAUGGCUUGUGAUUCUUCCCAAACUCUUCGGUGGGCUUUCUUCAAAAUAAUUUCAAAGCUGUAAUUAUCUCUGUUGCUUGUGCACCUUUUUUUUUUUUACCACACUUUUUCCUUCCACUCAACUUCCCAUUAAUAUGCUUGGAUACAACACUUUCUGGAUUGCCAGGUUAUUCUGUCAAAGACUGUUUGCUGGACAACUGCCAAGUCAGCAGUCUUUCCCAUGAUCCCCCAUGAUAACAUAACAUUUGUUAUUUCUCAUUCUCAAAAUCGGUUUUUUUUUAAAUACUUUUUUGUGAUAUUCUUAUUUUCUGAGUAUUUUCAUAAGCGGUGUGACACAGUCAUCAAAGAUAAACCAUUAGAAUUUGUGUGUAAUGAAUGUAAUAUACUGUAUAACUUUCACUUUUUUAAUGGAGUUAAUAAAAUAAACAGUUUGAUGACUGUGAUUUACAGAGACUCAUCUGUAGGUGGACACACUGCUCCAGUGAGGAUCAGCAGGGAUGGUUUGUUUUAUCCAUCAGUCUGCACUCGGCUGUCGGGUCAAGCCUCUAAGUUUAGAAAGGCGCACAGCUGUCUUGUCACACUUUCCACGCCGCCUGUUGUUACACCACGCUGUAGUAGUGUGUCUAGUGUCUCUUUAAAUGCGGGGUUGCGUAGAUCCUUCAUGAAUGAAACCAUGUGAUCCAAACAUCAUUUGACGUCUGGCGCCUCCGACCACAGACUAAAACAAGCGAGGAAGCAGAGGAUAUAUGUAGAGAGACCUGUGAGGCGGCGGAAAAAAGGCGCUUCUUCUCCAACUCCUAACUGUCCUCCUUCCCGCACUCACACCGGGUCGACAUAACAACAAGGCUCCGAAGGCGCCGGUUCCACUUCUGGUGAGUCAGAUUGGUCAUGAAACAAAAGUGAAAUCGCUUAAAGGAAAAGUGCUGAAUGUGGUGGUGUUUUGCUGAGUGAGCGCCGCCACCUCUGCCGUCGCGUUGUCGCCGCCGCCGCCGCCGCCGCCGCCGCCGCCGCUGUCCUCUCCUGCCUCCGCCGCUGUUUAAAGGGCAGCCAGCGCUGUGUUAGUGCUGAAUCAUCACCGCUCGGUACAAGCGCCGCCGUGGACCCGCCGGAUCGCUCGAACCGCCUCUCACUACCGAUCAGCCGCUGGUUUCAUAAUAACAAAGACAAAGGGGGCCAGACUGCCGGGUGGGCUGUCAAGCUUAAAAACUCUGUGUCGGAAUUAGGGGACCGUGAGGAGGAGGGGGGCGCUGCCCAGCCAGGGGAUUCCCUUGUUUUGAGGCUGAAACUCAAGAGCUGCGAGCGGUCGUCAGUAACGGUUUAGAGCGGCAACUACACCUAACCUCAUUAGCUGAGCGGCGGCAGCGGUGGACACAAGCUGGACACGUUCAGCCGCUUGUUCAGGUAGGACGGCUGCGGUGCUCGGUACCGAAGCUCGGUACCUGCGACUCGGGUUGCUGUAUUUGACGUGCUGACUGGCAGCCUGUUCGUCCUUUUAUUAAGGUCUGUGACAGAAACGUGGCUGCAAAUCAGACUCUACAUGCAGUCUGUCAACCCGGAGAGUCGGUAGCUGUCAGCCGUCCCAGCAGCUAGCUUAGACGGAGCGGCUGUUUUGACAUUUGCUUUGUGUCAGCCGCCCCCCCAGCAGGCCUUCAGCUCCUGCGUCUGUCAGCGCAGAGGAUUUAUUUUUCCUUUUUUUUUUUUUUUUUUAUUGUGUGAGAGUGUGUGGAGCGACGUGUGGGUUCUCCUGCCGUGCCGGUGUUGUUCACCGGCUGGGCUGGCGGCAGAGAUGCUGAAUCAUCACAACGUUGUUAUUUCUCAACGUUUGCGCGAGCGGAGCUGAGGCAUGAGGGAGUCAUGGCAACACGGCGGCGGCGGGCGGACAAAGGUCUGGAGCGAAGGAAGAGGAGCUCAGCUUGUUUUGUGAUGAGGGGACAAAAAUAGGCUCCGUUGUGUCGCUAAUGAUGACUUUCUUGUCUGGUGAUAAUUAGAGCGUAUGAGCGAUGGGAGAGUUGGACAGGCCUCGUCUUCUCCUAUACUACUUCAUAAGGUUGGAGUUCUGGGUCUUCUCUUCAGCUCACCCAUGGGUUUAGGUUUGCGCAGAAGAGCAAGGCUCUUGUGGCAUGACGACGACUAACAAAGGAAAUAAAGCCCUAAAGGUGAAGCGUGAGCCGGGCGAAAAUGGCACCAGUCUCACAGACGAGGAGCUGGUGACCAUGUCUGUACGGGAGCUGAACCAGCACCUCCGGGGGCUCUCCAAAGAAGAGAUCCUGCAGCUUAAGCAGAGGAGGCGCACCCUCAAGAACCGAGGCUAUGCCGCCAGCUGCCGAGUCAAGCGGGUCACUCAGAAGGAGGAGCUGGAGAAGCAGAAGGCCCAGCUGCAGCAGGAGGUGGACAAACUGGCCAAUGAGAAUGCUUCUAUGCGCAUGGAGCUGGACGCUCUGAGGUCCAAGUACGAAGCCUUGCAGACCUUCGCCAGGACUGUGGCACGGAGCCCCACCGUUGGGGUCGGGGUGAGGGCCGGAGGGGGAGGAGGAGGGGUGCCGUCGUCGGUUAUCGGCCCACUCAUACCAGGGAAAGUGGCGACGGCGACGAGCGUGAUCACGAUAGUCAAGUCAAAGACGGACGCACGGUCUUGAGGGAAAGAAAGCUAAAUGAGGGUGUAACAGGAUGGAGCUGAGCUGCAUCAGAGUAAGCCUCCUUCUCUGUUGCUCCCCUCUCCUCCACCUGCACCGACUCCCAGCAGAUGGGCGGUAUCCCUUGGACCACCACAGCGUGUUCCCAUCAUCCGUCUCAGAUCAGUGCAGAUGAAGGACAGGAUGGAAGCAGAGGAGGGUUAUUGGCUUGUAAAGAAGCUUCUGGUAGCAGCAUUAUCAUCAAGAACAGGAUGAACACACAGGGUUCCUUUGGCUAAUAUGUGGAUGCAAAUGACAGAGAACUGUAGAACUUGAUUUAAGGUCACGUGUUUAAAUCUGGAAUUGAUUAUUCCGGAGAACACUGGAAAACCUUGGGAAAUUCUGUUUGAUUCAUGUCAAGUUUCCAGUGUUGCGUUUGAUAAAAAGCAAAAUUUAGAGACACACCGAUCAGGUUUUUUCUGGCCAAUACAAUUUCUGAUUUUAACAAGAUUUUUUCUUUCCCCUCUAAAACUAUGAUGUCAAAGUUACAAAAACGUGCUGCAGGUUCAUUGAUAGAGUUUUGCAUCCAAGAGAAAAUUAAAGUAUUAGGAGGUUAUCCCUAUUUUGGCAUCACAUCAUGUGUCUCUAACCUGUAUCUGAUCAAACACCCAAAAAGUGCAUCAAAGUCCAUACAUCUGAUUGAUAUGUUUACAUAGUAGAAACAGUGAGAGUUCAUAUUUUUGAUGCACUAAAAGAAUAGGGGCAAAUAAAAUCUGAUUUUUCAGUAUUUAACCUUCAGAUUACCAAUCAGAACAGAUCAAGUAAAAAAAUUGGCCAGUACAGAUCUCUAGCCGUUUUUGUUUGGUGAGUCUUUCAUUUAACAUUAGGUACAUAAACUGAAAACCUCAAGUUAUACAUCAACUAUGUAUUAGAAUGAAUUAAAAAAUAAAUAAAAAUGAGCUGCUGAUUUCAGUGGCUGCACCGAAGCUCAGUCUUGUUUCACCCAAGAACUUUUUCAGAAAAGUACUAAUGGAAAAAUCUAUAUUAUACGAUGGUGGUAACUGUAUUUUUACUGUUUUGUACUGUGUUGUCAUUCACAUGAGGUCCAAGGUGUAUUCUCUGUGUGUGAAAUGUUAUAUAUCAGGAAUUCUGUGAAAUUCUGUGGCGAGUGUUUGUUCUGGUAUUGCUAUGUUUAGUUAGCUGUGUUCUUUUCUAUGGUCUUUCACUUUUAAUGUGCGACUCUUUCUCUCAACUUUCUCUCUGCCCUCCCGUUUUCUUUUUUCAAUGGUAAAUGGCUUCCAGUAUUACAUACUGUACUUCCAAGAUUUAUCAGAGAGGAGAGUGCAAAGCAAUUCAUACCUAACAAAAAUAGAAAAAAUACAAAUGCACAAUGUCCUAUUGAAAAAAAAAAUGUGAAAAUAACCCGAGUUACUUUGGUGUAUGAGAUUCUAGGAAAAAAAACAAGUUUCUCACAGAAACAAUUUUGAAGGGCAAGUGCCUUGGUCUCAUAAAGAUAUGCUCCAAGAAGAAAGUCAAGAGGAACUGAGGGAGGAUGCUGUACCUGAAUAGGCUGACCAAUCAGGAAUCAGAUCAGUGCAGCUUUUACAUUAUGGGACUCAUUUAUUGGCACCCCUGGUAAAGAUGGGUAAAAAAAUAUAUAUUUACUUUAAGAGCAUAAUCUCAAACUAAAAGGUUUAAAUGUUAAUUUGAGGAACCUUUAUUCAGCGAGAAAUAAAACAUGUUUGUUUAAACAAAGAUGGCAUAAUCCCUUUAAAAUGAAUAAAACUGAAGCAAUUUUUUAAAUUUGUGCUCUUUUCUGUUGAGCUCCACUGGGAGUUUAACUGAAACCAUGUGCUUUGGACAGAUGAGUCUAAGAUCGAUCUUUUCAGCAACAUGCUGGUGCAUCUGUGACAUGGGCGAAUAUAGACAGGGGCCAAUAGGGGCCAGUGCCCCUGGUCCUGUUACGGCCCCUGCACUGAAGACAUAAUACUGAAACAAUUUCUUAGGAUGACAUAAGCUGGCACAGAAACCAUAGCUGAUUGGUCCUUUGCACCAAUUUUAUUGUUUACCCAUACAGAUUUACUUUAGCAAUAAAUAAAAAAUUAAGUUGCACUUUUAGCUUCAGCUGUAUUGAGUUUUGUUGUUGUGUUCUGUGCCCCACUGAAAAAAACCCUGGACCCACACUGGCCCCCUGGUGAAUUUGGUCUACUUUCUGUACUGAAUGAAUGUGCUCAAAUUAAAAGUUUUAUGUUUUUUCUCCUUUUUAAGUAAGAGAUUAUGCUGCUGCAGUAAAAUAUUGUUUUAAUGUUUUUUCUCAGAUUCAGGUAGAUAUAUUUAGUUGAAAACAGGACAGUGUAUAUCAAUGAACAGAGACACGUAUUUGCAAAUCUGCCUGAUUGUGGCCCAAAGCUAAUUUCCAUCUGGGAGGUUGAUGUUAACACAGAAUAAUGUUUACCAGGGAUACCAAUAAUUGUGGCUGAAGCUGUAGUUGGCCGUGCGAUGAUUGAGCUUUGUUGUAGCUAUUAGAAUCACAUAUUAAUAAGACGUAUUUAUGUGACUGUGAAGCUAAAUGAAAACAGACUUAUUCCUGUUUGAUUUUCACCAGGAAGGUCGGAUUUGAGGAGUUCGGCUGUCUUGUUGAAGGAAAAUUUUUCUGAAUUUCCAGUCAAACUCAUGGGUUGUGUAUUUUUCUCCUGGGCUUUACCAUGAAAGUAGUCCUCUAUGGUGUUCUAUACUCAAAGAGUCUAUGUAUAGUGGAGUCUGUAAUUUUAUAAAGACAAUUAUCUUUGCAUUGUUUGUAACAACAUGUAAAAAAAAGGUAUCACGAAAUCCAUUUGAUAUACAGUGAUCUCUCUAUUUUGCAAUUGUACCAAAAGUGGCUUAACUACUGAAUAGCUUUGUUUAUUUUUUCCGCUAGUCAAUAGGCACGUGUGUGUAACGGUGGACUAGCGUGUGGCGUGCUUUGUAGGUAUGUAACGAGGUGAUUAUUAGCUCUUUUAUAUAUAUGAUUUGGAUCUGUUUUAGAUUUCAGCCCCAAGUGGUUGAUGACAUAAUGUAUAACUGCCCCCUUUCUCUAAUUGUGUCAUCUUUGCCCCAUCGUUCGGCUGCAGACCUGUGAAGUCAUUUGUUAAACUGCACUUAAAAGGAGUGAACAUGAACAAGUUUGCUUGUUUAACAAAUUUCUGAACAGGCUGAUGUGGCUAUUUUUUCCACCAGUGGCUAUGUUCAGGUUCCGUUGCUUCUGGGAUAAAAUUACAGAUGAGGCUCAAUAAUAUUGUCUUUUCCAGUUAACUUGAUAAGGUAGCAGAAAAGUUAAUCUCGGUGAUGGGGGGCUUUCUGGCUGCAUCAAACUCACUCCUUCAGUAAGUUAUUUUUGUACUGUGUGAUUAAGGCACUCUGUUUUUCUCUGUAUAUUUUAUGUAUAUUUAAUGUUGUUCCUGUGUUAGUUUUUGAGCUCUUCUGGAAGUGUCAGGGAAGUUAAAUGACAUUUGUUAGUGUAUAUGGGGGUUUUUUUAAAGUGAAAAAAACUAUAUUCUGCUAUUUAAUGGUUUGUCUGUCAGGGUGAGGUUGACUGUUUUAAGUACAAUGUUCUCAAGCAUUUUUAGCCUGCUUUAAACAUUUGUUUUAAUGAAAUGCAACCACCUUACAGUGGUUAAACCCUUAAUCUUAGAGAUGCACCGAUCAGUCUUGGGUGGCCGAUACCAAUUUCCAAUUUUCUUUGUGGUCUAACUUGCGCAUUGAAAGUUGUUGUUUUGUUUUUUCUCAAGCAUUUUGGAACCCAAUUUAACUGUAAUAACUAAAUGAAAUGCAAACACUUUAAAGCUGAUAUAACAGGUCUUAAAUAUUAGAGAUGCACCGAUCAGGCUUUAGUGACCGAUUCCAGUUUCCAAAUUUCAUUGACGUCUGACCUCCUGCAGAUUUUUGCAGAGUUUGUUGUUUUUGUUUAUUCUGGUUUUUUUUUGUAAGAGCUGCAACAUUGAGUUAAUAGAAGAUUCAGAAAACUAAGAAUGAUUAGUCUCAUUCAUGGACCAAAGCAUCCGUCAUAACCCUUAUUUUACUUUUACUAAAAUUAAAACCAAAAAGUACAGACAACGUGCUGUUUCUUGAUACAUUUAUGGUCCACAAAGAAAGUGGGGAUGUUUUAUAUUGAUACAUUUAUUGAACAGGAAAAAAGUUAGAUUUUUUUUUUUUUCCUCUGGAUUUGAACAGCCAAGCAACAAACAGUGUCAGUGAUGGGGAAACUGGCCAACUGAUUGAUGCAUCCCUAACCGAUAUGCAUUCAUUUACCUGAACUGCUAUUCUUUAUUGAAUGAAAGUUAGUAAGAUUAGCAAGUUUGUCAUCACCCGUAAGAGUAAUGAUAUAAAUUUCAUUUAAAAACUAAGCAAAAACUAAAGAAUUUCCACAGAAUUUUGAAUGUUAAAACUUACUCCGAAUUUUAAUAAAUAUAACGAUCUAUUCGAACGUAUCCAUCUACAGCCUGCAUUCAACAUUAUGCUCCUUACUUGUAUUUUCAUUGAAAAUACUGAACUUAAUGGUAUAUACCAGCUAAAUCAGCGUGAACCUAUUUUCUCUCUGUUGCUCUGAUGUUUUCUGUGUUUUUCGGUUAAACGUAAAGUUUUCUGUUUCCACUGGAGAGUUCACUAUUUUCUGUGGUGCUGUCAAACAGUGUUUCAUCCUACUCUGUGCUCUCCACAUCUUGUGAAGGAUCCAAUCUGUGCAAGCUUAAAUGUGUUAAGCCAACAUAUUUAUUAUGCAAAUGGUGUAGGGUAAAAUUAAAACUCCUGCCUCACAGAAGGAGUGAUGCUAUCAUGGCUCUGUUUUUGUUUUUUGUCAGGUUGUUUUAUAUUUGCAGGUGCAAUGCGAUGAGACGAGGUUGUGGGUUUGCCUCUGUUUGCUUAGAGAGUUGUGGCUUUUCCUAAAAGUUAACUGUGACAUUUGAAAAUGAACAUUAACAUGUGGCUCCCUUCACAUCUAUUGGCACCGCUGGUGAAGCUUUGGGAAAAUAAAUUAAUCUAAUUUACAAAAAAAACCUUUAAUCUGAGUACGUUAAUUAGAGAAAAACAAGGAUUAAGAAAUAAUAGUUACAUUUUUAUCAAAUCAACAGUGCCACAACUACAUUUUAAACAAUUCAUAUAAAAUAAAUAUAACUGAAGCUUUUUUUAAUUUAUACUCUCUAGGAACUGCUGGUAAUCAAUGACUUCCUGUUUGCUUGGGGCAUAAACAUCAUGUGACAUAGGUCAAUUUCUCUUAGCCAUUCUUCAAAAUGGGAAAGACAAGAAGACAUGAUACUCAAAUAAGGAAGAUAUGUGUUGGUCACUAUAGGUCAAGACAUGGUUCCUGAAAAAUAGUUACCUGUUCAGGUUUACAGUCAGAGAAUUAAUUCAAAAGUAUUCAGAGCUGUGAAAAAGUAUUUGCCCCCAAUUUACCUAGCCACACACAGACCUGGUUACUGCCAGAAUUGUAAAAGCUAGUAACCACCUAAAUAAACCUGUCUCCCAAUAUGAAGUAGGCUAAAAGAUAUCAAAAAGCAACACAUCAUGCUCCAAUGAAUAAAAUAAAAAAAGUGAAUCAAAGCCUUUGACACCUAUGAGUCUGGAAUGCAUUCAAACCCAAAGGCAAGGACACCAGAGUUAUGCACCAUCACAAUGAGCCAAAGCACAUCAGCUAGUCAACCUCUAAAUGGCUCAAAAAACAAACAAAAUUAAGGUUUCGGAGUGGCCUAGUCAAAGUCCCGACUUAAAUCCAAAUGAGAUGCUGUGACUCAACCUUAAACAGGCCGUUCGUGCUUAGAAAGGCUCCAGUGUGGCUAAAUAAAAACAGAUCUGAUGCCGAAUGAUCUGAAACAUUUUAAGUGUGACUCGAACCUGAAGAAAUCAGUAAAGACAGAGAGGAAAAUGCUACAGGAGGUAAAAAAUAAAAAUAAAAGAUCCCUCCAAAGUCACUAAUAUAAAAUUUCAGCAAACCUUACAGUGUCAGAUUAGACUGCUGCAAUGAUUCAUUUUUUUUUUUACUUAUUUUGAGGCUUUUUACACAUCUUUACCAUGGGUGCCAAUAAUUGUACUGUAGCCACAACCCCUCUGGGUAGGCUGAACAUUUUUGUAUUCCAGAAGUGCGUCUCUAGUGAUGCAGUGUGUGACCUCUUUGACCUAUGAGGUUAAACAUUACAGAGGUUUAUUCCUAAUUUUCCCUGAGCAGACAUGAUCAGCUGACAACGCUGACCUUCAGUCUUAUAAGCAGAGCAGGCAGCUUGGUGGCUUUUCAUAAUGCCGUUUUAUGAGCUGUAAGACACGCCAACCUGAUUUUCCACUGCAUGUCCAGAGGUUACAACCUUCUUACGAUAAGGCAUUUCAUCACUAACCAGAAAAACCGCUCAUACUUGAACUCAUAAAUAAUUUACAGAGGCUGAAAAGAAGCAUUUGAGACACAUCUGAUAAAACUCCUGACCACCUCACUUACUCUGUCCUCCUUUCAAAAAGGGUGUGCGAGUCAACUCUGCGCCCCACCAAGCCCUUCCUUAAAACAUCCAUUUCUUCUGGAAUCAUUAACUCCUUAUCUUGCUACUUGGCCAAUCAGUGUGCACUCAUUCAGAUGUUUUUCCUGUCUAGUGAAUCACGCCACUGGACUCUAAAAGCCCUUUCAUUCACCGCAGACCCAGAUCGAUAAAAGUAAAUGAAACGAGGAUUCCUUUGAUCGUUUGUUUGGUGUUUUCACCAAUAACAAUGUUCGUUUAGCGUCCCAACGUACCUCAUGUGCUGCUGUGUCUUCCUCCCUGCUGUCCCAUAUCAUCAGUGGUACAACAUCCAACCAAAGCGUUUUUACACAUUUACUCCUUUUACCCUCGAUAACAGCUUCUGUUCUUAUUAAUCACUCAUUUACUGGUUAAGCGAGGUUGCUCAAUAGAGCUGGGAUGUUUCAAUGUUUCUAAAAGUAUACAGUGGUAAGUUUAAAGCUAUAUUGAAGUUGUGAGUUCGUGUGAAUAUGGCGUAACGUAUUCAAAAAAGCUUUUGUGAUAAGAAGCUUUGUGUUUUGUAAUAUUUCUGUAUGGGGUGUAAUAAAUUAUUCUGCAGUACAACAGUACUUUCUAUGGGAAAAACCUUCAAAUGCAAUGGUCUUUGUAAGUAUUUAUCUCCGACUAAAUUAUUGUACUUUUUUUUUUUUGGCAAUUUAUAGAUAGAUAUGAUGACAAGGUAUAGGUAAUCAUGAAAAUGAACUGUUUCAUCAUUAGUCCGAAGCAUCUUUUAAAUUAUUGAUGUAUAUACUGUAUGUUUGUUGAUAAACAGCUUACUUUAUUUUGUAUAUGACCAAUAAACAUGUUUUAAAAUGCA